AUAAUUUGUCAAGUUGUCACUUUUAUCUUCUACGACUACUACACGUUCUGUAUUUUAUCAUUGCUCUAGUUUUGCCAGUGACCGGUGUUUAGAAUAACGUUGUAAAUCAUGGUAUAUUCAUCAUGGAUCAUGAAGCUUCAAUCGUUUACGUUAAUACUUAGUUCCUUUGUUAUAAUAGCACAGUCUGAUGUGCCGAGACCUCGAGGAGUUUCUUUAUCUAAAGCGUCGCUAUAUUCACCGACAAAAGAUUUCACUUGUUUCGAUGGUACAGUUAAGAUACCUUUCAGUUAUGUUAACGAUGAUUACUGUGACUGUUUUGACGGCAGUGAUGAACCGGGUACAUCGGCGUGUCUAAACGGAUUUUUCCAUUGUACAAACGCCGGGUAUAUGUCCCAGAACAUUCCAAGUUCUCGGGUCAACGAUGGAGUCUGCGACUGUUGCGACGGCACCGACGAGUACGCCGAACCAGGCGCCUGCUCCAAUACGUGCGAAGAACUUGGCAAAGAAGCCAGAGCAGAAGCCCAAAGGCUGGCAGAACUACAUAAAGCAGGCAGCCAACUAAAAGUAGAUCUAAUAGAAAAAGGGAACCAAAAACGAAGUGAAAUGGCAGAGCAAUUGUCACAACUAGAAAAAGAUAAAGCUGAAGCCGAGAAAAUUAAAGCUGAGAAAGAGGCUCUCAAGAAUGAGCUAGAAGCCAAAGAAAAUGAGGCCCUCAAAGUAUACAGAGAGGCAGAUGAACAAGAGAGGCAAAAGAAAGCAGAACAAGAAAGAGUGGAAGUGAUGAAAGAAUCAUCUGAAUACUUUGAUAGGUAUGAUUCUGACAGUGAUGGUAUGUUGACUGUGGAUGAAAUUAAAGUUGUUAAUGCUUUUGAUAAGAAUAAGGAUGGGGAAGUCGAUGAAGAUGAGGUGCAAUACUUCUUUGGGGAAAAUGAGAGUGUGGACAAGGAUAUAUUUGUUGCCACUACAUGGCCUUUACUUAAACCUUUGCUGAUGAUGGAACAAGGCAUGUUCAAACCUGGUCAAGAUGAGGAUGAUGCAGACCAUGAAUCAGAUGCUGAAGAUCUGACCAGGGAAGAUGGUGAAGAUUUAGGAACUGAUGAUGAAAACCUUGAUUUAGACUUGCCUGAGGCAACCAAUGACCAAGAAUUGGCACAAGAACCCACUAGGAUGUAUGAUGAUGAUACUCAAAAGUUAGUUGAUGAGGCUACUGAAGCUCGUCGGCAGCUAACUGAUGCUGAACGUACUGUUAGAGAAAUAGAGUCAAAUAUCAGGAGCAUCAAGGAGAAUCUGGAGAAGGAUUAUGGUUUGCACCAGGAGUUUGCCACACUUGAUGGUCAGUGCUUUGAGUAUGAUGACAAAGAAUAUGUCUACAGGCUUUGUAUGUUCCAGAAAGUAACCCAGAAAUCAAAGAAUGGCGGUGGAGAAGUUGGUCUUGGCAACUGGGGAGAAUGGGCCGGAGAUGACAAUAAAUACUCAGUCAUGAAGUACAUAAACGGUGUGGGUUGCUGGAAUGGUCCUAACAGAAUGACUACAGUUAACGUACACUGUGGACUGGAGACCAAAUUGUUAUCAGUAACUGAACCCUACCGUUGUGAAUAUAAAAUUGACCUUAGCACACCUGCUGCAUGUGAUGAAUCAAAUUCGGGACAGCACGAUUCUCACGAUGAACUAUAAUAAUUCUGUGUCAAACAGUCACAUGUCUAUGUGAUGAAUUAACAUGUAAGUUACAAGUAAAUCAGUCACGAAAAACAUUUGUCUCUAUACACCCAUUAUUUAGAAUAAUGUAUGUGAAUUGAAAGUUUUAUACUAUCAGUUUUGUUGUAAUGAAAUUUUCACAUAAUAAUAGAGUAAGUAGAUGCUACUGUAGUGAAACAAUUUUUGUCUGGUCUACAAGUUACUAAAAGUGGCAGUUUAUUUUCCUAUGUUUUUUUUUUAAUUUAAAAGCAAUAUUUUGUAUCUUAUAAUCACCAGUGUUUUUGGAGUUAAGAAGACUGAAGUAUAAGCAUUGUAAUUUUAAUUUUCACACAUUCCUCAAACUAUCGCAAGGCUGUUUAUGUUCUGGUAGACAAGAUAUUAAUUAAUAGAAGUGAACAAAACAUUGUGUGAUAAAUAAAUAAAAUGGUUUUGA